GUUAUAUCUUAAGUUCAUGAGUACACAGUAGAAAGGACGAUCGAAUGUCAAGAGUUCGCACGUUGACGUGCUAUCAAAUAUGCAUGUAUAAUGCCAAGUUGAAGGUUAUAUUUCCCCGCAUUAUAAUUUCAUUCUGUAGGUCUAUAGUGCAAGCGGGAAUCGUGCAUCAUGGGCGUCAUGAAGCUGUUGGUUUGGCCGCUACUACUGAUGAUGGGUUUAUGGAGUUUUCAGUCCUGUAAUGGCGCGCGGUUUCUCGUCCCAUCUGUAACGUUAAUGCGAACACCUAGUCAUCACAUGACGCUUACCACCAUAACUCAAGCCCUGGUGCAGCGCGGCCAUGAAGUGACAUUUCUCAUCAUUGAUAAUCAGGGUGUUGGUGGUUUCCUGCCAGAUUCCUACACGUCAAAGGUUAUACUUCCGAAUCCCAUGACGGACAAAGAUUUACAGGAGUUAACUGAUAUCAAGAACUCUAUGACGGAUUUGACUAACAUGACCAAGCUAGAAGCAGCGAGGGACCCACGACCAUGGAAAUUAAAAGAGUAUGCUGAGUUUGGUUGUGGUGUUUUGUUUGAAAAUACAGCUAUUCUUGAGCAACUGCGGCUUGCAAACUUUGAUGAACUUAUAACGUUCCCCAUCGGUGAUGUCUGUGAUACCCUUCUUGCAGCCUACCUGGACAUACCAUUUAUUGUUGUAACAGGAACAAAAAGAGUUCCGGCCUUUCAUGAAGGGAUGCUAGGUAUUCCUACCCCAGUUUCCUAUGUGCCUUUCAGUAUAUUAUUCACACCAAAGCUGGAACACCGAAUGACUUUCUUUGAACGCAUCCAGAAUGCAGUAAUGUUCUACGGUGCACAUUCUGCAAUGGAAUACUUCACUGUCUAUCGCCCUCUACGUCAUCUGCAACAAACCUAUGGUAUUCGACCAGACCUGACUCCAUGGCAGAUCAUCAGUAAAGCAGAUCUUUGGUUGUGCCAUAACACUUGGGCCCUCGAAUAUCCAAGACCUAUAGCUCCGAAUUGGAUCCCUAUAGGAGGACUUACCAUCAAGGAGCCAAGACCUCUCCCAGACGACCUAGAAAGAUUUGUUCAAGGAUCUGGAGACCAUGGAUUCAUUGUAUUUACUUUGGGAUCUUCGGCUAAAGCUCUUACGAGUGGCGCCCUCAACGAUAUAAUUUCAAAAGUUUUCAGCGAAUUGCCACAGAGGAUACUGUGGAGAUAUUUGGGAGAAAAGCCCCGUUACCUAGGCAACAAUACAUUGAUCUCGGAGUGGCUUCCACAGAAUGACCUCUUAGCUCAUCCUAAAGCUCGGCUACUGAUCUACCAUGCGGGUAGUGCAGGGGUCUAUGAAGCAAUGAACUACGGUGUUCCGAUGCUCCUCAUGCCACUGGGCGGUGAUCAGUCUACCAAUGCUUAUCAGGUAGCAGCGAAAGGGAUGGGCCUCGUGUUGGACGUGAAUGAAUUAAAUGAACAGGAGUUUCGGACGAGUAUUAACAAGCUUCUUAAUGAUGAAAGCUACAGGAUAAGUGCGCAGCGGGCUUCGUUUAUCAUGAGAGACCAACUAGCCAGCCCUCUGGACACGGCUGUAUUCUGGAUAGAACACGUGAUCAAGUUUGGUGGAGAUCAUCUUCGACUUCGCGCUACUGAAAUGGGAUUCAUCGAACUCAACUCCCUUGACGUAGUCGCAUUUCUAGUCGUUUUAUCGCUUAUCCUUCUUUACAUUGACUACUUAGUGCUUAGAGGAUGUUACAGAUGUAUAUGUAGAAAUAUGAAGAAACAAAAGACUGAUUAGGCAGAUUAGUCGACUUCGUCUCUUCUCUUUUAAUUGUCCAGAAUGUAACAGAAAUCAUUUUAUUUUAGAGGUUAUUCGUCCUGUCUGGACUAAUGCUAAUUUCAUAAUAUUAAUACAUUUCAUUCGAUUUUUUAAUAGAAAAAAUGUAAUUAAACCUAAUGGGGAUCGAGAUUUCUCUAUGACAGUCUGAUUGGCAUUCUACAAAAUCGCGGGUGAAGGUGCAUGCGAAUGUGGUAAGAACAUUGACACUUCAAGGACAAGUCCACCCCAACAAAAAAGUUUGUUUGAAUAAAAGAGAAAAAUCCAACAAGCAUAACACUGAAAAUUUCAUCACAAUCGGAUGUAAAAUAAGAAAGUUAUGACUUUUUAAAGUUUCGCUUAGUUUCACAAAACAGUUAUAUGCACACCCUGGUCGGUAUGCAAAUGAGGAGACUGAUGACGUCAUCCACUCACUAUUUCUUUUGUAUUUUAUUAUAUGAAAUAUGAAAUAUUCUAAUUUUCUACCCAUUGUCAAGUGAAACAAGAAUUAAUUCCUCCCUGAACAUGUGGAAUUAGCAUUGUUUAGUAGUAUAUUGUUCAGUCAAAUUGGUCCUCAUUGUCAAAUCUGUAAAAAAUGAAAUAUUGUAUGAUUCAAACAAUAAAAAACAAAAGAAAUAGUGAGUGAUGGACAUCAUCGACUGACUCAUUUGCAUGUCACUGAGUUUUGCAUAUCACUGUUUUGUGAAAAAUAAGUGAAACUUUAAAAUGCCAUAACAUCCUUAUUUUACAUCCGAUUUUGAUGAAAUGUUCAGCGUUAUGCUAGUUUGAUUUUUCUCCAUUUAUCCAAAUCAACAUUUUUCUGGGGUGGACUUGACCUUUAAAGGGGUAUGAUUUGAAUAGAAAGAGGGGAAAUAUCAGACAAACACUGAAAAUUUCAUCAAAAUCGGACAAGGAAUAACAAUGUGACAUUCAUAUCCCUUCUUAUGCUUUACAUUAUUUCGGUGAAACAGCAUGUUCUCAUGAAUAUGUAAUGAACAAGCUGACGAUGCUGUAUUCCCGUUUAUAAUUUUGUAUUUUUAUAAUAAGAAGUAAUGUUUAUUUCAAUCUUGUCAACCGAAAAUGGAUAAAUUGAUUGGCAACUGGUUUAAUGCAUGGAUAUUCACUUCUGCAACUUUUUUGUUAAACUGCUUGAAUUUCAAUAAUUUUAUGAAAUAAAGACGUUUUGUUGAACAUGUUUACGAUCACCCCGCAUGCAUAAUAAAGUUGUUAUUCGUGUGAUAUCCAUGGUAGGGAAUCUGUGAAAACACAUUUGUUUUAUGAAAUUAUAUUAAUACAAGCAUUAUUCUAUGAGACGGAACAUCGUUAUUUUUACAAUUUUCUGUGAUUGAGGUAUCAAAUUAAAGAGCAGAAAUUGAAA